AUGGGUGCGAGGAAGGCCCCGCCCGGGAUCAAAGAAAAUGAGGGAACGAACCCCAGAACUGGGUUCAAGAUGAUUCUGAGAUUGAGAGAGAGGUUUUUGGAAGUUGCGUGGUAUCUAAGAACGCGGGAGGGCCUAAGACAGAGAAAGGAGGACAAGGAGCGUCGGGGGACAGGAGUUGCAAGGGCUGUGAGGGGACGGGGAUUGGACAGUCAAAAAGGAGCAUCCGAAGCAUCCAACGGAAUGAGUAUAAUAUAUCCAGAGGACCCGUCGCAUAAAAAGGCUGCUCGUCUCAGUGGAUUGGGCCCUAGUGUGGACACGCAGAGUUUAGAUCAUGCAAAGUUUGUCCAAGGGCCAUUCAUUGUCCUCGACCGGUAUUCCAGCUCUCAAAAUCUAAGCCCAGGAUCGCUCUCAAGAAUUCACCUUGAGCGUUCAUAUCGUCAUCUGACCGGCUACCUUCAUCUCAUGGCUUAUAAUGGAGACUUGGAUUCUAGGAAGCAAAGCCUUGAGAUCGUGAUUCUGCUUAUGGGCGACGUCCAAGUGGGUAAGAGACGCCUUGUUAGAUGCUACAUCAAGGACGAAGGACACAUGGAUUCGAUUCACUCCAGUACGCGAGCAAGUCACUAUCGUUUGAGGCUACCACUCGAUUCAUGCCCCAUCCUCCCAAACGGACAGCCCAAGCCCCAACAGACCAAAAGGAUGGCCACGAAUACUACCAGUCGAGGGCAGCGAAAACCAACAAUGGUAGAAAUGGAACUCUUUGCUAUGAUUGCUAGCGACCAGAGACUCUUCACCAUGCCAUUUACAAG